AAAUAAAUACCAUCAUCAGCGCAGCCCGGCCAAGCCAAAUUUGCAGAUACCCUUCGUUUUGUCUCACAAAUCUAUUUUGCUGUUGAACGCCCGCAACGCUCAACACAGCUAUCACAUCUAUUAUCUAUCGCCUUUUUCUCUUUACAAUACUAAUAAUCUCCAAAGAUGGGCGGUCUCUCCAAGCAAUUCAACAAAGUUCGUCAGAUCCUCAAGAAGAAGGGUAACAAGAGCAAGAUUCUGGACCUGGAGUGUGGCUCCAAAUCUGGCAACUGCACAGAGUCCCUGGUGGAGCAGCUGGAAGAAGCCCAUGAUGUUACCAUUGUCACCCUGACCGACAGUCUGCAACGUUUCGACAAUGUCAAGAUCUUUACAGCCCUCAAAAAGCUGGUGCUAUCUCCCAAGUGCAAGUUGGAAGUGGUCCGAAUGAAGGAACCCAACGUACGCGCCGCCGAAUACAAACGCUGGUGCUUUAAGCGCACCAACUUUCUCCAUCACUGCUAUCAGCUCUGCAAGGAACGCGAGAUUCGUCUCUUGAUUGAUGCUACCCUCGUUUUGGACACUCCCGAAGGCAAACCGCAAGAUGUCUCUUCCUGGUUGUCCACUCACUUUCCCAAGACGAUUCCCGAAGAUCCCGAUCUCAACUCCAUCAAGAUCCGUCUGCAUGCCUUGAACAGCAGCAAGGAUCAACAAGUCUACAGUGUCUUUCAAGCACUCAUUGUAACACUCAUCAACUGCCAACGUCGAUGGAAACGCAUCGAGUGUGGAGUCAUCUUCGCCACGGUACCCAAAAAUGCCGUCCCACAAACCGAAGCCCUCAUGGAGGUGGCCGAAACCUACCGGGCACCCUUGCUGGUUCGGUGGCAACCACUGGACGGAGCCAAUCCUCGUGGCUCUUGGACGCGAACCUCCACGGCAGCACAAGUGCUAUUCCCCCAGCCACACAAUAUCAGUACGGGCAAGGGAUGGCCCGUUACUGGAUCCGUCAUGGUCCAAAAGGCUCUGGAAGAUACCACGGCGUCUACCGUAUGCUGUGAAGGGUCUUCUUCUGUAUUUUAAUUAUUACUCUUCCUUUUUUCGUGCUUGCCAUUUGGAAUCUCCUUGACCAUUGGCAUGCCUGGAAACUAACGAGGAGACUGGGAUCCCUAAUAUGUACCACUACAUACAUACUCUAUCACCUUCUACUAAAUGGCUUUCACCAUCUAUCACUACCGGUACAUGUACAUGUAGUUUCAUCUAUACUACCUUUUAGCAACACUAUCUCGAUGGCUUCAUCUAUCAACAGU